AUUCAACACGAAUUUAAAAUGAAUUCAGAGUCAAGUGUAUCCUCGAGCGACAAAGCAACAAGUGAGAAUCAAGAAGAAGAAAAGCAUCAAGUCAAUGCCAACAUCAAGCCAGACGAGAUCCUCCAAAAUGCCACUGAAGAAAACCCAAUUCCAGAACAAAUCCUGAACAAAUGGGAACAACUGAGGUGUAUUGGCAAGCUUCCAGAGCGAAGGAGCUACCACACAGGGAUCAGUUCAGGUAGCAGAGUCUUCAUCUAUGGAGGCUAUGACAUCAAAGAAGGCGACAUGAAGACCAUGUUCUCCAUCGAUCUCUCCGAGAUGUCUCCUGAGUGGCGAGAAAUCGAAAUAAUUGGGGACCCUCCGAAAGGAAUUUCUAGGCAUUCUGCAUUGCUGUGGGAUAACAAAAUAUAUUGUCUAGGAGGAGAGUGAAAUAACUCUCAGCUAGGGAAGUUCUUUUAAUAUCGAUAUUUCUGACACAAGAAUGAAUUUUGCUAAGUCUACAGCUAGAUGUACCAAGAUUAUAACCACGAGCCCUAUAGCCCCUUUAGAGCUCGACUCUCACACUGCAAUCCUUUAUCCAGAAUCAGAUAGUGGGGAUGCUGAUAAAAUGAUCAUCUUCGGAGGUUACUACAAAUCCCUUAAAAGCAGUAAAACUUUCGAGUACAUUUUUGAAGAAAAUCAUUGGAACGAAAUAGAACUUGAAGUUGAUGAAGAAAGUAAGGAAAAACUAGAAGAAAUAAAGCAGAAUAUGAAUGAAUAUGAUGUUAUAACUGAUACUAUUAUGGAAACCUGCACUAACCUUCCAAGGCCAAGGACUUGCCACACUGCCGUUUAUUAUAAACACGGUAUGUAUGUUUUUGGAGGCUCAGAUGAAGCAAAUAACAAGUUAAAUGAUUUGUGGAAAUUUGACCUCAAGGAGCGAAGAUGGAUCAUUAUUAAUUACGCCUCUCAAGAUUGUGAAGACGGACAACCAACAAAGCGUUCAGGCCAUGCUUGCUGUUCUAUAGGUAAUAUGAUGUAUAUUUUUGGGGGCCUGGAAGGAAUCACUCAUGAAUCUAACGAUUUCUACUGCUUUAAUAUGGAUAAGGAGGUCUGGACAACCAUCCAGUUGAAAGUCUCGAACCCUGAAGAUAUCCGGCCUUUAAGCAAUAGUAAGGACUCCUUGAUGAACAGUCAGAGAGAAGAAAAGAAGAAAAGUUUGACUAAGAUACCCAAUAUGGCAUUAUACGGUAUAGAUAAGAAAAAUCAUAUGAAAAGAAAUAUUUCAAAUAGUCGUCGUAAAGAGGGAAGAAAUAACCAAUUUUUGGUUGAUCCAGUCCCAGAUAAGGAGAAGUUCUCAAAAACAUUCCAGCUUUCUCCGUUAUAUAUGUUAAAGAAAAAUGUGAAUAUAUCUAAAUAAGAUCAAGGACGAGGAGGUUGAAGUGGAUUCCCCCACAACCCUCGCAUUGAAAAGCUCAAUAUUUUUGAAGAAUAAUUCCAAGGUGAGCCAAACAGACAGUUUAAUGAAAAAGAAGCAGUUUCAGCAAAAUAUAGAUAUCCACAAGACUACUAGGAUUCCAAUGAUGAUUCCAUGCCCUAGGGAUGGGGCUACUCUUACUGCUUGUGAAAAUAAACUAGUGGUCUUCGGAGGCGACAGAUACCAGAUGGCAUUCAAUGAUGUGUUCGUAUUUAAUUCAUAACUAGUUCAAUUUUUAAAAUAAAA